GAAACGGGGGCAAAUUUCGAAUUUUGAACCCAAUUCAAACUUUUCUUCUCCAGAGCUCCACAAGAAGGGAGCAGGACGCACGCAGGCUGGCCCGUUCCAUGGAACCGUUCUUCUCGCAGCUCCGGAGCAGCACGCGCCCACGACGACCCGUUAAACAAACCAAACGUCCAGACCAACACCAAAGCCUCCGAAAAAACAAAUCCACCAGCUCGCUGCCACCUCCCUCCCCCAAUAUAUCACCGCCGGCUCCGCUACUGCUCGUCACGUCUCCUCCUCCCGCGCCGCCACACGGUUCGGCGACCUCGCGUCUCGUUGCGUUCUUGGCCGGUUCCUCCAAGGGUGCGGAGGAGGUCCUCGAGGCGGCGGAGGCGCGCGCGCGUGCCACGGAUGUCGCUGUUCCGGCGGCUGUUCUACCGGCGGCCGCCCGACGGGCUCGUCGAGAUCUCCGACAACAUCCUCGUAUUUGACCACUGCUUCUCCACGGAUUUGUUUGAAGAAGACGAGCUGAAGCCAUACAUUGGAGGCAUCUUAAAACAGCUACUUGGCCGCUACUCCAUAGACUCGUUCAUGGUAUUGAACUUUGAGGGAGGCAAGAAGGACAACCAAGUUGCCAGCAUUUUCUCAUACUACGACAUGAGUGUAAUGGGUUACCCACGUAACUAUGAAGGAUGUCCCCUGCUCACCAUGGAGAUGAUUCAUCAUUUCCUGAGGUCCAGUGAAAGCUGGCUCUCAUUAAGCCAGGACAAUUUUCUGCUUAUACAUUCAGAACAUGGGGGGUGGCCAGUUCUUGCUUUCGCAUUGGCAGCCCUACUGGUUUACCUCAGACGGUAUACUGAUGAGAGUAAGGCUUUGGAGAUGGUCUGCAGACAGGCACCAGAUGGGUUAGCUGAGCUAUUCUCACCUCUUGACCCAGUGCCUUCUCAGUUGAGAUACUUGAAGUAUGUGUCAAAACGGCACAUAUCACCAGAAUUGUGGCCUCCUGUUGACAGAAUGCUGAAUUUGAAUUGUGUAAUAAUCAGGAAGGUACCAAAUUUUGAUGGGCAAGGGGGAUGUAGACCAGUAUUCCGGAUUUAUGGCCCGGAUCCCCUUGCGCCUAAUGACAGGAAUACUAAAGUUCUCUUUUCGAAUCCAAAGACAAGUGAUUUUGUCCAGCUUUACACACAGGAAGAUUGCGAGAUAAUCAAGGUUAAUGUUCAGUGUCCGGUUCAAGGAGAUGUUGUAAUGGAGUGCACCAGCCUGGAUGAGGACUAUGAACAUGAAGUUAUGAUGUUCAGAGCCAUGUUUAGCACGGCUUUUGUUGAAGACAAUCUGUUGAUACUUGAUAGGGACCAGAUUGAUAUUCUGUGGGACACAAAACAUCGGUUUCCUGUAGACUUUAGAGUCGAGGCUAUAUUUUCGGAUAUGGACAUGACCACAACAAUUAGCAAAUCUGAGUUAUCUAGUGAGGAGAAAGAAAGCCUUUUGAAGGUUGCUGAUGUGUUCAGUCAUCUGGAUUGGUCAAGCAAAAGCGAUCACAUCAGAAAUGAUGAAUCAGAACAGAAGGAAUUACGCAGUGAACGUGAUGGCUUUGAUGUGAUACCUCUACAGGAUACAGAAGUCAGCGACAUCACAGCUGAACAUGGCUUGCUAGAUAGCAGAUCUGUCCUGACUCAUCACAUUGAACCAGCAGAUGACCUUUCUUCCGUGCCAAAGUUUGAGGGUGGCGAAGGUUACUUUGCCAAUGCACAUUCUUUGCCAGAACCUGAAACUGCCGGCCUGAACACUCAUGAAGUCCAAGUUUCAAAGGAUGUAAAUACAGGGGAGGAACAAAAAGUGGAUAACGCCGAGAAUAAACCCAAUUCAGAAAUGCGUUCAUUGAAUUUCUGUGAUGCAGAAACUGGUGAUGCUGCAGCUGCCGAAUGGUCUGACAACAACUCCGAUGUGUUCCUGUCAGAUACACUCUCAAGCAGCUCUCCGUCUAGCCCGCCAAAGUUCGACGAAGAUAUCCUGGAAGCUGGAAUGGUUGAAACUCGAUCAAGACCAACAGAACUGCAGAUAUAACGAGUUCGCGACUUGCUUCUGCUGUAAAUUGGGGCUCGCCUGAUCCAUGGAUGAUGGAGCUGCCCAAAAUGUACUUUUAUACAUACACUUAAGCAACACUAUAAAAAAGACUUGGUUGUCCAGACCAUAUGCUUGUACA